AUGUUGUUUGGUUCCUGGAAUUUCUUGAAGGCCGCGCGAUUGGUCUCGUCCGCCAACUCCGGGGCAUCUUCAGUGGUCGAGGAUCCACCAGGUCUGGCUGCGCAGGUCGCGAGGUUCAUGGAGGAGGACCUGGUGUCUGACAACUCGGAGGCUGUGGAGGAUCCACCGGGUUUGGCGUCGCAGGCCGUGCGGUUCAUGGAGGAGGGCAUGGGGUCCGCCAAUUCCGGGGCAUCUUCAGUGGUCGAGGAUCCACCAGGUCUGGCUGCGCAGGUCGCGAGGUUCAUGGAGGAGGACCUGGUGUCUGACAACUCGGAGGCUGUGGAGGAUCCACCGGGUUUGGCGUCGCAGGCAGGCUGUAGCUUGCUUUGCGACGGUGUGAAGAGCUACCAGCGCCAUGCCAUCACUUCAGAUGCCGUGCUCAUGGAGGAGGGCGUCGCAUGUGACAGCUCCAGGGCGUCCUCUGUGGGGGAGGAUGCAUCAGACCUCACCCCGCAGGCGGCGUCGGCGUGCUGCGAGGAGGGCCUCGACUCGAAUAGGUCCGAGGCUUCCUCAGUCGGGGAGGAUCCGCCGGGCCUCGCGCCACAGGCCUUCCAGUCGCUCCUGCACAUCCCGUUGCGCCUCCGCCACUCGCUGGCCGUUGACGAGGAUUCCAGCCCGGAUCUGGAGACAGGGCUGCCGGAGGCUUCUGGAAGACUCUCUCCGGCUUCGCCGGAAAUGCGCCUCCGCCGCGUGAACUUGCCCUGGCGAUUUUGGCGCGGCUUCCUUUGGUUCCCACAGCGCUACGAAGAGACCAAAGCGCGAGGUUGCUGCGCAGGUCGCACCCCAAUCUCCGGAGCCUCCCUGGCCUCCUCAAUUUCCUCCGGAUCCCCAUGA